AUGGCAAUGCCAAUUUGGUUUCUUGUUCAGUCCAUUCUCUUCAUUUCAGCUUCUGCUAAUGUCCAAAACAAAGUUACAGAUAAUCCUGCUGAUCAGUUAGUAGCAUUGAUUAACAGUAACAGAACCGCAAGUAAAUCGUCGUCUUUGUACAACAAUCAAGGCCUUGCAUGCAUUGCUCUACAAUACAUAAAAGCAUACCAAGGUGACUGUAGUGCGGUGGGUGGGGAAGAUGCCAAAAAACCAGCCGAGUCUCUGUUUCCUGAAACUUUUGCACCCAAUUGUGAUGUUGAUGCCUCGACCCUAACUCCAAUCACUGGCCGACUACUGGGAUGCCAGUCAAAAUAUGCCAAGCCAUCGGAAGCAUUUUCCGAAAUUUUGAUGAAGAAUGAAAAGAGCUUGGAAAUAGUCCAUAACAAGAAUCAUACAGAAGUGGGUGCUGCUGUGAGUGGCUCCGAUGGUGGUGGUCCCUAUUUCUGGUGUGUGCUGUUCAGCAAUGGCAAAUCCAACCAUAGCUUUGUCCCUGAGGAAGGUGUAGCUAAGAUAAGUAGACCCGGAUGCUUCAGUGGUGCCAAUGAUGAGUGCAGUGGUGCCUCAGCUUUAUCCCAAACCCCUCAUCUUCUGCCAAUUGCUCUAGGAGCUUUAAUUGCAUUGAUAUGUGCCUUCGGAAGGCAACUUUCUUAG